UAUGUUAUAAAGAAAGAAAUUAUUUGACCUUACUUUAGAGGCAAAGAGUUGAGAGCUUCUUUGCUCUACAUUUUAUAUUUUCAAUUAAAUAAUUAUUUAAGUCAAUUCACUUUGGUUAAUUUGUUCAUCUUGAAGAUUCCAAGUCAACGUUUUAUUUUUGAUUUAAAGUGUUUUAAUAAGUUCAGGCAACCAUGAUGAUCAAGUCAUCUGGAGCCAUGCCGUUGAUAUCAUUAUUAUCGUUUUUAUGGUUCGUCUACCAUUCCAUGGCUAUUUCUGAUGGACAGAUAAUUCAGCAAAAAAUUGAAGAUUUACCACCAACAAUUGUUUUGCCAAAUAGGAUAAAGGAUAAUUUCUUAAAAUUUGAUCUUGCAAGCGAAGGAUUGCUGGGUGAGGUUGUUUCCCAGCAACAUUGGAAUCUGAUUCAAUUACAACAAAAAUUAGGUUAUCAGUUUAGAGUUUUUAGAGAUUUUGAAGCUCGCUCUGCAUUUGGUGUUAAACCUGGAUCAAUGAUAUCAGAAAGACAAGCAAUUAAACGUUUGGUGGCAUCAAAUACUGUUACUUAUGAUACAUUUCUUGGAAAUCCGAAUGUUCGACAGCCAGCAUUCUAUCAACCUGGAAUCAAUGAAAUCGAAAAGGUUGUUGAUUCCUUGCAUGUUGAGGCACGUGAAGUUGUUUUUCCCAACAAAACUAGCAAUAUUAAAGGUCUAGUGUCUCUCAAUCUUCGAGGAAAAGCUAAUCUAAACUGUGCUUCAAUAGAUAUCCAUAAUAUUCCAACGCUGUUUUUAGAUGACUUGAUAUAUAAUCAAGGAUAUCGCUCACAAUAUAAAGUUGUUUCACCUAUUUAUCUGACCGCAAGUGCAGCAACCGAUAAAUUAUUUGUCAGACAAAUAAAUGGAAUGGAUGCCAAUCGUGGUAUAGCUUUGAGACGCUUUAACAAAGUAUCUAUUCGAAGUCCAGUAAGAAUUGGCUAUUUGCAUGCAGAUUUUGUCUCAGCUAAAUUUUUAAAAAAUGUAAACUACGACAACUUGAUUUUCCUCCACGAUAAGCGACCUUUUGUCAUUUCUUCUCCAAUGGAUUUUGAUUCCAUAAGAUUCUACAACAACACUCCGGACAUCGCCUCGAUCUCUAAUGUGCAUUUCGGAACUUUCGUCUCAUCUGUUCUCACAUACAGUUCCGAUCAAACUAUUUUAAAACCAAUAAACACUAGAACAAUUAAUGCUCCAGCUAUUGAUUUGAAAGGUGAUCUUAAUGGUAUGGAUUUUAAAAGACGAGUUACAAGGUUACUACGAGCUGAUCUUCCGAUCAAAGUACCAAGUUUAACUGUUAGUGCAGCAUCCAUGAAAGCACAAAAUUUUAUGAUGAGAAGUCUAAACAAUCUUAACUUUCCUGAGGAAUUUUUAGUUCAAAAUGCAGCUCAAAUUAUCUCAGGGCCAGUCAAUUUCAACCACUUAAUUUUAAAGCGUGCUAAUGUCAUUGGUUCGAUUAAUGGUCUACGUUAUCCUGAUAGUUUCGUAACUCUUGAUGGGGAUGAAACACUGAGUUCAAAUUUAUAUUUCACCGAUCAGUUGGUUGUUAGGAAAAAUGUUUACACUGAUGGCUAUUUCGGCCGUCGUAAUAUUAAGGACCUGACUUCUUGGGCUAUUCAUAAUGAUAAAAUGUUUAGAAGAAUUCGCAAUAACCCAAGUGGAAAUGUGAUUUUGAAUGGAAAUCUGCUUGUUGGUGAAACAAUCAAUGGCUUCAAAUUCGAUCACCUAUUACGAGAUCUGGUGAAUUUAUCUGAAACAGGAGUUGUCCAGGUUUCUGGAACCAAAACAUUCUUAAAUAGUAUUUAUUCUCCAUUGGUCAGGGUAAAAAGAAUAAACUCUUUGCCGAUAACCAAUUUCGCGUCAAAAGCAAACCCAGCGAUAAUUUCACCAGUUCAAUUCACUCAACCUUUAACAAUUAAAAAACUAGAUUGGAAAGAAACAGCUGAAAGAGGUUCGAUAUUGGACUUGAUGCAAAGAAGAGUCAGUCUACAUCACAAUGGUAUAAUAGAUGGUGAUAUUUAUUUUAAUGAUUUGGUUAUUGACUCUCUACAAAUGGAUUCAGGGUAUCGAAUCAAUUCAUUAUCACCUCUCGAUUUAGUUUUCCAUGGCAAGCAGCAGACCAUAAGAGGAAUCAAGAUAUUUUCAUCUGGUGUUACCUUUUUGAAACCGAUCCAAGCAACUAAAAUUGAAGUUGAGCAAAGAUUAAACAAUAGACGUAUCAGCACAAUCACCGCACAAAUUGGUAAACGUCAGACUUUCUUCUAUAAUCAAUUAAUUUUGAAAAAUUCUACCGUUUCUGAGUUAAAAUUUGGUCCAUCAAAUCAUCGUGGUAAAUCCAUCGUGAAUGCCUUACGAAAUAUUCUUCUCAAAGAUGGUGAUCAAGUGAUUAACAAUAAGAAAAAGUUUCUUUAUCACGUUUCUUUUGAUUCCCCGAUAAUGUCAAGAUCAACGCGAGGUGUUAUAAAUGGAACCCGUAAAGGCUCUUUGUUUCUGCAUCCAGAUAUAAUUAUUGAUCGAAAUUUCUAUGCCGAUAGUUUGAACAUUUUGGGUAAUCUUUUUGUAAAUGGAAAGGUGAACAAUAUCGACAUACCCAGGAAACCAAUUGAUCUUAGGAAGCCUAGCAAUCAAUAUUACACCAUGGCAGCUUCCCAAUCAUUUUAUGAAGGAUUGAAAGCCAACAGCUUGAAAUUUAAAUACUUGAAUGGGCAGCCAUUUGAAAAAUAUUGGCACAGUAAAAUCACACCACAAUUUUCAAGUCCCAUCAGUGUCGGAAAUUUAAAUGUUUACGGAAAGAUCAAUGUCAAUGGUUUGCUGAACCGAGUUCCGUUGAAUAUUUUACAACAAAUCAGAGACAAUCAAGCUAAAAGACGAACAGUAAUACAUGGUGAUGUUAUAUUUAACGAUAAUGUGAACAUAGCUAAAAACUUGCAUGUAUCUGGGUUCAUAAACAAUGUCCAGUUUGAUCGGUUAUUCAAUGAUUUGGCAACUCCAGUCAAAGAUUUUACUAGAACUAAAACAUUGCAAAGUUUGGCUAUAAGGAAAAAUUUAUACGUUCGAUCAUUCAAUGGAAGGCCUUUGAACUCUUUGUUGAACAAUAUCGUCUUGGUUCAUCCCCGUAGCACUAUUUAUCUGGCUGCUCCCAUUGAAUUUAUUGAUAACAUCGUAGUGAGAGGAAAUGUCUAUCAAGAUAGAGUACAAACAAUCUUCUAUCAACAUAUCAAUAAUAUUGAUUUGAAUGAACUUCUAAGAAAAGCAGCUGAUCAGCAAUUCACAAAUCGGCAAGAUACUCUCGAAUUUUUGGAUCCUGUUGAAAUAAGGAGUGUACAUCCGAUUGCAAUCACUGGAAAUGUUAAUGGUGUGAAUCCUAAACGAGAUUUUAUUUGGUUAAAAGAUUAUUUCCAACCUUACCAAAGUAUUACUGGUUUCAAAUCAUUCUCUCAAGUAAAUUUUGAUUCACCUGUUGAUAUUAGAAAUACUCUCAAUGGAAUCAACUUGGUAAAUCAUGCACGAAAUAUUAUCGACCCAACAAGACCUCAAAAAAUUUCCCAGCAUAUAAAACUUGAUGGUACAGUAAGCUUAUUAUCGGGUCUUGAUGUCUCUCAGAUUGGACAGAUGGAUGUUUCAAGCUUGGUCAAUACUGCAACCCGAAACAAUGAAGUCAUCAGAGUUAAGCAUAAAUGGAUCUUUGAUGGACCACUCAUCAUUAAAAAUGAUUUAUUGGUUAAUGGAAGGAUACAAAAUGCUCUCUUUGACGAGUAUUCAUUGAGAAAAGAGAUUCCUCGAAUUAAUAAUGCCACAAUCGAGAUUGAUCAUUCUGCUCUUAGGUACGCUGACCCUCUGAACUCAUUGAUUCGUGAUCUACAAAAAAUCCGACAUUCUUAUUCUGGCUAUUGGAACCAAACUCUUUCUCAAAAAUUAAACAAUUUGGAUCGUACAAUUGAAGCCAACAAGAAUAUGACACACAAUUUAAAUCGUUAUAUUCAUUCAAUUCCCAUGGAGAUCAAAGGUUUCCGAGUUCACCAGAGAUUCCCUGAUGUAAAGGGCCAGACCAUUACUCAUCAUUCUUCCAAUUCAUUCAGUAUUGGUUUAAUGGAUGGUGAAAAUGUCAUCUUUAAACAUCUAUACUUUUCUGGGUCACAAUGGAUGACUGGAAAGGAAGUGACAACUUCAUUUAUAAAAAAUUACGAGUUUAAACUUGAUAAAAAAAGCUACAAUCUGUAUCAAGCCUCACCAAACUCGUCUAAUUUAAGUAUAUUAACUAAUGAGAAAGAGAUAAUUGGUUACCUUGGACGUGCUUAUGACGAUCUCAAGAUUCUAACAUUGAACAAGAAAGCCAAAAUAAUAUCUGCAUUAUCAUCGCUUCGUGGUGUAGUUGAAACAUUUACAUUUGGCAUUGUUAAUGGUCAACCAGACUUCAGGGUUAUCAGCAAAAUAAAUGUCACUAUAAACGCCCGUAAAAUAGCACUAUUCCGCAUUGAAAACGAGAUAUAUUUAACUGUAGCUCGAAGCUCAGAUAACAAUUGUGAAUCGGAUGAAAAUCAAAGCUUAUUGUUCCAUUGGUUAGAAGAAAAAUACUUCAAAUUAGUCCAAAAAUUCAAUCAUUUUGAAGCAACAAAUGUUAUCCAUUAUUCAUUCAAUGAGCAAAAUUAUUUAGCCUUCAGUGAAGGCAAAGGAAAACUUCAUCGUCUAACAGAUAAAGCAAUCCAUGUUUACCAAGGAAUCUUCUAUAAAUGGCCUGACUGUCAGUUUGAUCAUUUCCAUUCGAUUGAUUUCGAGGCUGCAUUAGAUUUACAAGCUUUCACGGUUCCAUCUUCCAGGAGAUCAGUUCAAUUGCUGGCAGCCUUAAACUCGUCGACUCUUACAAUUUGGCAACAUAAAGGAAGUGCUGGUUUCACGCAAAUUUGGUCAGAAAAUUUAGAUGAAGGACAGUCUUUUAAAUUUUUCCUCAUGAACCAAAAAUUGUACCUUAUUGUUGCCCAGCUGUCACAAAGAAUCGGAUCUUUUAUUCUAGAAGCAAUAAUUUAAUCAUUUUUUCCGUGACCCUUGUAUGAAUAGCAUUUCUAGAUUUUUUACCUUUUCUUUAAAUUUAAAAUAUCCAUUAACUUAUUCUGUUUUUCCUUGAAUCGUUACAAUUUUUUAAUCAUGAUAUAAAUUAUUUUUCUACAAAAUUAUUUAAUUUUAUUCGUUAUAGUCAAUUUUUAUACUUUCCUCCCAUAAUUCAAUUGUUGUAAACAUUUAUCCAAAGCAAAAAGUAAAGAAAUGAAUUGCAAAGAUGAGGAGCUGUUUAUCUCA